AUGGCUUUUGUAUGUCGUAAAUGGAAAUCUGUCCUUGAGAGGACCGGAUCUCUUUGGAGAGUAGUUCAUGUCAAUCCAAAAAGAUUGAGUUACUGGCAUUUCAGUCUACUUUGUUCAAUAUUUCGCCUGUACGGACACCACAUUCAGAAACUCAUCUGGAGAGAACAGUCUCCCGUCUAUGAAAGUGUUUUCUCCUUGAUUUCGCGUCUGAGAAACCUUCGUUAUCUUCGGUUGCCAAUUCUAUGGACAUUAUCUGUCGUAGAAAGCCUUGCACCUCUAAGCGAUUUAGAACGUAUCCAAAUAAAUGGAGGUUUUUCAUUGACAGACAAAGACUUUCAAAGAAUUGCCAGGAAUUUCCCACGUUUAAAAGAAAUUUCACUGAAUGCUUGCUGGCAACUAACCACUCAUGGAGUUCUCCAGCUGCUUGAAAAGCUCCCGUAUCUUCAGUCGGUGAAAUUUAAAAUAAAUUCUGGUCUUCUUCUCAACGACAUCCGAAGUGAGUAUGCCAUGAGUGAAGGCUUAAACAUCAUCCAAGCAGUAGCCGAGUCAAGGUUUGCUGAGCUAGUUACGGUUCUGUGCAUUCAUUACGUUCCUAUAGAGAUGGAUGAACUGUGGGACCUCGUCAAAAAGUUCUCUCGGUUAAAGAAACUCUGUAUAAGCAAUUGUGAGAAUCUCCAUGGAAUAAGACUUGUGAGUUGCUCACUGCAAAAACUUUACCUAUAUAAUUUAUGGAAUGUUGUGUUUAUUAGUGUUGAAAGUAGCACUUUACGGCUCGUUGAAGUUGACCACGGCCUUGAAUCUAUCGAGCAUAUAGAAUUUUUCACGCCAAAACUAAAGCGAGUUGCGAUCAAUGGUAGCGAUGCUGUUCGAACACUUAACAUUCGCAAUCUCAGUUACUGGAAGAUUGCGAAAAGGCACUUAAAACUUUUCUUUCCAAGCAAAGAAUUGUACUAA